AUCUAUGUAUAUAAUAUCGUUUAGCAGUCGCAAUUUGAAUAUUUAUAUUUAUUGGAACCCAUUCUUUAAUAGCUUGUUCUUACUACAAUUUUCAAAAUGCUGAAAAAUAUUCUUCUCGUGCUUUCCUGCAUUGCUUUAGCAGCAGCUCAAUCCCAAGUAACGAUUAGCUUGUCUGGGUCAGAAUUGUUGGACUACGACUCCAUAUCCGGAUGUGACACGGUUAUUACGAUUUUCUGCUCAUCCACAUCGUCCCCCGCCACAUACUGCGGAGAGGUUCAGAAAAUAUCAGAUGAUGCAUACCCCGUAUUUCCGGAGCGAUUCACUUUUCCUUAUGCAAUCGGAACGGGCCAGCAAUGGCGCUUUGAACUUGUUGACCGAGAUGUCCAAUUCGACGACCCCAUUGGCACCGUGGUCAUCUCUGUGGACGAUUUUAUGCAAACUAUCACGACGGGAGGGACCAUGACGAGGAGAGUGAAUUUAAAUCGACCUGGGAAUCUCCAUGUCAAGAGGGAAGCGUAAAAACAAACGUUAAAUAAAUACAAGAUUGCAUUUGGGCUUUUAUAAUUUCGUCGAUAACUAUAAAAUGUAUUUGUAUGCAAAAAUAAUAAUGACCAUUGAUUAAAUGAAACAACUUUCAAAUUGUUCAAAUUCUCAUCAGAAA